AUGCUGAUUGUAAAGACGAUCAAAAAUGUAACCCAAGAAUGUUAUGAUGUUUGUACUAAAUCUGGAAUAUGUGGUAAAGGUGCUUUAUGCCGAUCAUUAAACUCCAAAGCCGAAUGUGAAUGUUUACCUGGACAUCGGGGAAAUCCUUAUGUUGAAUGUUCAAUUCGUGAUUACUGCUCAUUGCCCUCUGAUUGUCCAGGUAAUUUACUUUGCCUUGAGCAAUAUUGUGGUUGUCCUUAUCCAUACGAGCAGAGGUCAUCUUUCUGUGUCCUUUCAAGUCUUAAUUGUACCACAACGAAUCCCUGUCCAAAAGAUCAAACCUGCAUCUAUGAUGGUCAAGGUGAUAAAACUGGUUAUUGUGCUUGUCCAAAGGGUUUCAUGAUGACCCUUUAA